CACAUCUCUGCAAACUGGCUGCAGCACCCCACCAAGCACAAUGAGUGCAGAUGUACAAAUAGAGCCUCCUCUCUACACGUACCUCACACCAGAUGAGGGUCAGCCUGUUUACGACAAUCCACUGGACCCUCCCUUACAUCCUCCGCAGACCCCCUCUAAGGCCUUGCCAGUGUACACUGCAGGAGGAAACACGCAGGCAGCAGGUCGCAAAACUGGCCAUGAGAUGUUUGUGAUUGACGACAGGGAUCUGGGGCGUCAUCCUGGCAUGACGACGUGCACCCACUGCCAGCAGCAGGUCAUGACCAACGUCACGUUCAAAGCAGGACAGUUUGCCUGGAUACUGUGCACAACCAUCAUCGUCCUCGGACUACUCAUGUGCCUUGUUCCCAUGUUGCUGCUUCCGAUUCCUUUCUGCGUGAAAAGCUGCAAGGAUGCGUACCACACGUGUCCCCGCUGUGAGAGAGUGCUGCACAUUGAAAAGAGACAAUGCUGUAAACAACCGUGAGAACAAAAACGGAGCCAUAGAA